AUGGACGUUCUCCCUCCACAAUUGGUAAAGCGCUUAUUAAACGUGAGCUUGCGGCAAGUCUUAUAUGGGCGGCGGGCGUGGUGGUCGAUUUUGCUGACAGGCGCGCCAUUCGGGGGGAUGAUGAUGCGGUCAAAGGCAGGCAUCACAAGGGAAGAAGAGGAGGAGGAGGCCACGGAGCUGGGGGACAAGCUGAGGUGGGAGGAGGACAAUGGUUGGAAUAAGGCGGAAAAGUGGCUGCUGUUCUCAUGGGAGAGGUUGGCGCUGGGGCGGAUCUUGUCUUUGGGGAGCCAGCUGGUCUCGAUCGUGCGCUCGACGAUGAUGGGCAUGGUGUGCGGGGGAGCGCCUAGAACGGGGUACUCGAACUGGAUGAUGAGAAACUCGUGGAAGACGCUGCGCUUCCUCUUGCAGUGUUCUAUGCUGGCGAUGCGCGGACGGUCCUCUGAGGUGGUGGAGAGGACAUCGUUGGGGCAGGACAUGGCUCUAUGUGAGGGGGAGAAACAAGGGAAUGCGCUGGAGAGUAGGUCGCGCAGAGUAGCUGAUAAGUGGUGCAUAGUGACAGAGAGACUUGAAGGGCUAUGGGCAGUGGGCACAUCCGCAUGCAACCGGCGAGGAGAUGAGCGUCUAAGGGAUUUGGUAUUUGAUGAUCUCACAUGCAUGAAACCCUUCCCCUCGUUAGCAGCAGGUUCGACGAGCAUGGCCUCCAUCGAUCCACCCUCUGACCGCAAACGCCCAUGUAGCAAGCUCAAUGCCGAGCUGCUCAUAAAUCACCCAGCACUUUACUUCGAUGACGGAAACGUCAUCUUACAGAGAUGCUCGCCCCUGCGUGACACCCUGCGCGAUUGUACGUUGCUCAAGGUUGUCGACGACAAGGACGCUAUGGAGGCUUCUUUGAACACAAUAUACGAUGUGAUUGCGCCCCUCUGCUCCAUCAACUACGCCGACAAUGCCCUGCUCAUCGCGCUUUUCUACGACCUCAGCCGCUGCACACCGCAGCUCGGCGGUGCCUGCGGGCAUCAUCUCGCCCCACUCUCGGUGCCUGCUGAACAUGCAGGACCUGAUGUCGCAGCCCGUAGAGGACUGGGAGCUCGUGAAGGGGCUGGUGCAGGGCACGCUCACGCUGCCAGGUCUCAGUCUGACGGGCCUAUGUUCCACAUGUCGCACGGAGGUGGUCAAAUAUGUGGGGCAACAGCAGGCGACAUUGUGGGGAUCUCCGAGCCGACACUUUGA